AGUAAUUAUGUCUGAAGUCGUAUUAAGCUCUUCGGCUCGUCAACGUCUAGAACCUUACCUUCUGCUUUCUAAGUCUGCUAAAGGUGGUGCAUGUGUACAACUGAUUAAAGACGCACUGGCUGCACCAGGUGUUUACGUGUUUGCCGAAUUAUUAGAAAUGCCAAAUGUUGCUGAGCUUCAAAAUAAUGAGCAACAUGUUUCAUACCAUACAUUAUUAAGAUUGUUUUCUUAUGGCACAUAUAAAGAUUAUAAAGAAAAUGCAUCAACAUUGCCUCAAUUAGAAGCUACACAACUUAAUAAAUUGAAACAUUUAUCCAUCGUUUCCUUAUCCGAAGAAUCAAGAACAAUCCCGUAUGACAUACUUUUGCAAUACCUUGAUAUACCAAAUGUCCGUGAACUUGAGGAUCUAAUUAUUGAGGCAAUCUACCAAGAUGUAAUUAAAGGUAAAUUAGAUCAAAAAAGGAAACAACUCGAAAUCGAGUAUACAAUGGGUAGAGAUUUACGACCGGGGCAAAUCGAUCAAAUGUUGGAAGUAUUAAGUGCUUGGUCUCAAACUUCAGAGGAAAUUUUAAAAGUCAUAGAUACCAAGAUCGUACAAGUUCGGGAUGCUGCUAUUGAAAACAAGAAACAAAAAGAAGAAUAUGAAAAGGAAGUAGAACGCCUUCGCAAAGAAGUAAAAUCCAAUUCAAAAAAUGUUGACCAUAUGGAAAUUAUGGCAGGAGGCGCGAUUGAUCAAUACGCUAACAUGGAUUACCACGAUGAGAAUACAAAGGGGGGUAGAGCUGGAAAGAGUAGGAAGCGUAAUCGACGACAUUGAACCAAGAAACGUUUCCAUUUGUCAAUUUUUUUUUCUUUAAUAUCACUAUCUUUCAUCUAGGGGCCCAAAAAGGUCUUUCUUGACUGGCCGAAGAUGAAAACCAGUGCAAGAGAGCGAAGUUCUUCAGGAGGAAACUGUCAAAAUAAAGAUUUAAUUUCACCUAAUUACCUUAAUUGGCUUUUUAGUUUCCAAAUGAUUACACAUAUAAAUAUAAAUUCUAUAUCUUGUCUACGAUAAAUAUUAUAUAUCAAGCUUAUAUAGAUAGCAUUUGUAAGGUAAAAAGAAUUGACAAAUUUUUUUCAACAAUA